CCGCGUCUGUGCGGGGCGGGCCUCCCACGAGGACCAUGUCUGGGCCCGAGGCUCAGAGCCCCUCGUGUUCGCGGCUGGGCGGUUUCCUCUCGCCCGCGAGCAGGAUCCCGUCUCCGGGCCCCCGCUGCAGAGCUGGCUCCCGGCAGACCCCGGUCUGGGGCUCGGCCGAGCGCAGCCUGCCCUUCCCGGGCGGCCCCUGCUCCCGGUCGACGCCCGGGCCUAGCAGCGGCCCCGGCCCGGGCCCAGCGCGGUGGAGCAGCAGCGGCCCCAGCCCGCCUGGCAGCGCCCCGGGGGGAGACCGAGAUUCAUACUUUGGGGACAAAAGUUCUUUUGCAGAAAAUAUUAGUGCGUUGAAUUUUACCUCUGUUGCAAGUUCAUCUUCAGCAAGAGAUAGCAGUUUUGCUCAAGUAAUAAAGACACCAUCAUUGGCUUUUGGCAAUCCUCCCAGAUCAGGUUAUGGAAGUAAGACACCUCAAAUGGGACAUUCAGUGACGUCCUCCUCUGCCGCCUCUGCUCAUUCUGUUGCCUCAGUUAUUGUAGCCGUCGUGGAAGGGAGAGGGCUUGCCCGAGGUGAGGUAGGAAUAGCCAGUAUUGAUGUGAAAAGCCCUCAGAUGAUGUUAUCCCAGUUUCCUGACAAUACAACGUAUACUAAGGUAAUUACUAAGCUAAAAAUUUUAGCACCAUUGGAAAUAAUAAUGUCUAACACUGCCUGUGUUUCGGGGAAUUCAACUAAGCUCUUCACCUUAAUCACAGAGAAUUUCAAGAAUGUGACUUUCACUACCAUUCAAAGGAAAUAUUUCAAUGAAAGUAAAGGGCUAGAAUAUAUUGAGCAGUUAUGCACAGCAGAAUUCAGCACUGUCUUAAUGGAGGUUCAGUCCAAAUACUACUGUCUAGCAGCUGUUGCUGCACUGCUGAAAUAUAUGGAAUUUACUCAAAAUUCCAUGUAUGCCCCAAAGUCGUUGAAGGUUUGUUUCCAGGGCAGUGAGAAGACGGCCAUGAUCGAUUCCUCUUCCGCUCAGAACCUUGAAUUGUUAGUUAAUAAUCAAGAUUGCAGGAGCAGUCACACGCUUUUUGGUGUUCUAAACCACACGAAAACUCCGGGAGGGAGUCGGAGACUUCGUUCUAACAUUCUAGAGCCUCUAACUGAUGUUGAAACAAUCAACAUGAGACUAGACUGCGUCGAGGAACUACUCCAGGAUGAGGAGCUCUUUUUUGGCCUUCAGUCAGUUAUUUCAAGAUUUCUGGAUACAGAACAGCUGCUUUCAGUUCUCAUUCAAAUUCCAAAGCAAGAUACGGUUAAAGCAGCUGAAUCAAAGAUAACAAAUUUAAUUUACCUAAAGCAUACUCUAGAACUUGUGGAUCCUUUAAAGGCACUGCUGAAGAAGUGUAACACACCUUUAUUAAAGGCUUACUACAAUUCCUUAGAAGACAACAGGUUUGGAACUAUACUUGACAAAAUUAAAACAGUCAUUAAUGAUGAUGCAAGGUACUUGAAAGGAUGUCUGAACAUGAGGACUCAGAAAUGCUAUGCAGUGAAGUCAAACAUAAAUGAAUUUCUUGAUAUUGCCAGAAGAACAUACACUGAAAUUGUAGACGACAUAGCAGGAAUGAUAACGCAACUUGCAGAAAAAUACCAUCUCCCUUUGAAGACAAGUUUUAGCUCUGCUCGAGGAUUUUUCAUCCAGAUGAACAUGGAUUGUACACCACUACCUGGUGGUCGGCUUCCCUCUGAAUUUAUUAAGAUUACUAAAAUGAAAAACACAUAUAGCUUCACAUCAACAGAUUUGAUUAAAAUGAAUGAAAGAUGCCAAGAAUCACUGAGAGAAAUAUACCAUAUGACUUACAUGGUAGUGUGCCAGCUGCUUAGUGAGAUUUACGAACACAUUCACUGCUUGUAUAAACUCUCAGACAUCGUGUCAAUGCUGGACAUGUUGCUGUCCUUUGCUCACGCAUGUACUCUUUCUGAUUACGUUCGACCAGAAUUCACUGACACAUUAGCCAUCAAACAGGGGUGGCACCCUAUCCUUGAGAAGAUAUCUAUGGAAAGGCCUGUGGCUAAUAAUACUUACAUUACCGAGGGGAGCAAUUUCAUCAUUGUUACUGGACCAAACAUGAGUGGGAAAUCAACAUAUUUAAAGCAGAUUGCUCUUUGUCAGAUUAUGGCCCAAAUUGGUUCAUUUGUCCCUGCAGAAUAUUCUUCAUUCAGAAUCACUGAACAGAUUUUCACUAGAAUCAGUAUGGAUGAUGAUAUAGAAACAAAUUCGUCAACAUUCAUGAAAGAAAUGAAAGAGAUAGCGUAUAUACUACAUAAUGCUAAUGACAAAUCCCUCAUUUUAAUGGAUGAGCUUGGCAGAGGUACGAACACAGAGGAAGGCAUUGGCAUCUGUUACGCAGUCUGUGAAUAUCUGCUGAGCUUGAAGGCGUUUACGCUGUUCGCUACGCAUUUCCUGGAGCUCUGCCGAAUAGACGUCUUCUUUCCCAAUGCUGAAAACGUCCAUUUUGAAGUGCAGCAUGUGAGAAGCAGCGUAAGAAGCCGGGAGUCCAUCACUUACACCUACAAACUUUCUAAAGGACACACAGAAGAAAAGAAUUACGGGAUCAAAGCUGCAGAAGCCUCGUCCCUCCCACAGUCAAUUAUUUCAGACGCAAAAGAGAUCAGAGAUCAGAUCACUAAGCAGAUUAUGGAGCAGCGAAGCCAGAGCAGCUCUCCGGAAGCCGCCAGGCAGAGGGCCGUGUACCAGCUGGCCACCAGGCUCCUUCAGACGGCCAGAAAUUCGCAGCUGGACCCCGAGAGUUUGCGGCUGUACCUGAGAGGCCUCCGGACCAAGUUUGAAGCCGAUUUAGCCGUAGCUGGACAAGUGUCAGAAGAGGCUGAAGAAAGGCAUGGCUGUGGAGAGACUGUGUGACGUGAAGUAGAGAGCUGGACCCAGAACCUAUAUUCAUCCUAUACAUUCAUGACAUUUUGCUUCUGCUUUGUCUAGAAUUUUAUUUCAAUGUGGCUUUAUAAAUGUUAACUUUUUAAAAAUGUCAACAUUGUGUUUGUUGUUUACUCUAUUAAAUACUACUUUCUUGUAAUGCUAAGCAAAUAUUACUAGCCAGGUAUAUGAAGAAAAACAUAACUUUUUUUUUUGGUAGGGCAAUGAGGGAUAGAAAUUUGUCACAGGACCAAAUUAAUUUUUGUAAAUAGUUACUUAAGAAAUUUCUAUAUAAAGAACAUUUAAUAUCAAAGGCAAUGAAUUAAAACAAAGAUAAACUUUAUUAAAUAAUUUCAGAUUCUAGAACUGUCUAAUACACUCACUUCCCAAAAUUUGUUAUAGAGGAAAUAUAAUUAAGUAUCAGGACUAUAUGUAUUAAAGCAUAUUAAAUCCUGAAAUUAAAUUACAGCUAUAAAAAUCAUAUUUCAUCUGACUAAAAAAGUUAUGUUUGGGGCAGCUAGGUGGUGCAGUCAAUAAAGCACUGGCCCUGGAUUCAGGAGGAUCUGGGUUCAAAUCCAUCCUCAGACACUUGA